AUGAGCUCUGAACAGCUUGCUCCGGCGACGAUCUUCAACCCCUCCGACCGACCGCCUGACGAGGCCCCCUCACCCAUAGACAUCUCUCAGAUUCCCCCCACGACAUCACUUGUAGGUGAAAGCAUGGCAGUGGACACCCCUUCCGCGGGAUCGCCGACGUCGUCGACUCCGGCCACCACUCCUAUUUCGUACGCGCGGGCGGUUCUGGGUGAGAAAUCCGGAAGCGCGCAGGAGGCGACCUCAUGGACUCCAAUCGGGGAACACGAUCUAGUCCCUAGCACGUAUAAUGGGGAGCCGGAACUGAAAGUUUCUGAUGGACUGAAAACCAAAUUGAGUGCUCCGUGGCAACGGUCUUUGGUGGUUCGUACGCUGGGUAUCCAAAUCUCCUUCACCACCUUCAGCAACAAGGUUAAGAUGCAAUGGCGUCCGACAGGGACGCUGGAUAUUCUGGUGCUUGGCCCAGAGUGCUUCCUCGCCAAGUUCUCCAACGAUACAGACUACUUUAGAGCUCUGACGGAAGGCCCUUGGACCAUCUUCGAUCACUAUCUGCUUGUCCAGCAAUGGACGCCGAAUUUUCGGCUGAACAACAAACUCCCGAACUCGAUGAUAGUCUGGGUUCAGCUUCCUGCAUUCCCAAUCCACUUUUAUCACCGGGAAGUCCUCUUCUCGCUUGGGAAUAUGAUUGGUCGCACAAUUAAGCUUGACUACCACACUCUCCACCAACAGAGGGCAAGAUUUGCGAGGAUAGCUGUGGAAAUAGAUCUCUCUAAACCUCUGGUUAUGCGCAUUCGUCUCGACGGGCAGUGGCAGUAUCUCGAAUAUGAAAAUCUUCCGGUUGUGUGCUUUGAGUGCGGAAAAAUUGGACACACCGAGAGCUCCUGCCCAAACCUGAUCGCACCCCCUCUGCCGCUCGCCUUGGUAGAAUCCGGAAGCCGGUCGGAAAUUACUCCGGCGACCCAACCGGAGGAGAAAGUCGGAUUCGGCCCCUGGAUGCAAGUCACCCGUAGAUCACGGCGAGGAAAUCGGAACACAGAGAAAGGAAUCAUGGAAACAGCUAAUGGAGAGAGCGCCAAUCAAGGGAAAGGGGAAAAAGGUAAGUUCAUUAACAAGGAAAGUCCCGCUAGCAAUACCUUGGCGCAAGGACGACGGGUCGGCACCAACCAACGGGCAGAGAUCUCCAAUGGAGGAAAGUCAGGGAAAAGGAAAAGGCAAGGCUAUUACGGAAGUAGAAGGUGA